AUGGAAACAGACCAAUUACCAAUUGAUCGAUUCAAUGGAUAUUUCAGAUAUUAUUUAAAUGAAUGUAAAUAUUCAUUACCAUUAAGAGGAAUUUUAGGUGUUGCAUCAUUUUUUUAUUUUGCAGCGUGUUUAUUUUAUGCGGUAGAUAUUGAAGACGGUUACAUCCCAAUGAGUAUAAUAGGUACUGUCAUUGCUUGUUUCGGUAUUUGUGUGCCAUUAUUUGAUAGAUAUGAACCACAUGAUAUCCUUGGUAUUGAAGGUCAUAUAAAAUUUUUUUUAGAGAUAGUGGAAAGGAAACCUUCGAUGGAUUCUAAAUCAUGGCAUGAUAUCGCUAUCACAAUGAAUCAAUUUGUUAAAGAGAAUAAAUUGACAAGAACAAGGUAUUUAUUUUAUGAUGAUAAAGCUUGUCAAGAUUACUUUAUUUCGUUGAUUGAGAAAGAAUCUUAUUAUAAGAACCGGAAAGCAAGAGAGAAAUUUAAAGCUAAAUUGAUUAAAAAAUAUAAUUUUAAACAGGAGGAAAUUUGUGUGACAAUACCGACACCUCAAAUGAGGCAUUCUAAUGUUCAAACAAGUUCAAAUUCAAAUAACAACAAUAGUAAUAAUAAUGGUUGUAACAAUAGAUCAUCGUCUGUACAACAACCCUCAUCAUCAAUAAGUUCACAGCCGUACUACGUUGGUAAAUAUUGGUUAGACUUAAGUAAAAAUCCAUUAGAUAAUAAGAUUUUACAUAAAUCAUUUAGAAAAGCAAGAAAAGUUUAUGAAAAACAAGGUGAACAAUAUUGGAAUGAUAAAUAUCCUGGAUUACAUAUUAAGAAAGAGGAAAAAACUAAAAAAAAAUAG